UUCUUGUCUUUCCGGGGUUUUCUUCUCAAAAUAAGUGGUGGCGCACGUAAGCUAACCUGAUAGCUUGAAGGUUUUGACCAGCAAAAGUGUCCACUGAGUUGUAGAUGUCUUUAUUUCUAUCCAAGUUAGCGUACAGCAUUACUCUGAAAUGACGUAAGGAAUCGGUUCAUGUAUGUUACCGGCGAAGCAGGAAUAUUAAAGGUCAAAAAUGAUUGAACCAGAGCUACUGACAGAGGUCCCUGCAGCGCUUAAGCGACUAGCUAAGCAGGUUGUAAGAGGGUUUUACGGUGUGGAGCAUGCCUUGGCACUUGAUGUGCUGAUCCGUAACCCAUGUGUGCGUGAGGAAGACAUGCUGGAGCUGCUCAAGUUUGACCGUAAGCAGCUGCGCUCUGUUCUUAACACCCUGAAAGCAGACAAGUUUGUUAAGUGCCGUAUGAGAGUGGAAACAGCCCCUGAUGGCAAGACAACGCGGCACAACUACUAUUUCAUCAACUACAGGGUACUAGUCAAUGUGGUCAAAUACAAACUGGAUCACAUGCGAAGGCGCAUUGAAACAGAUGAACGAGACUCCACCAACCGUGCCUCCUUCAGGUGUCCCUGCUGCUUCUCCACCUUCACUGACCUGGAGGCUAACCAGCUGUUUGAUCCUAUGACAGGUACGUUUCGCUGUACCUUCUGCCAGACAGAGGUAGAAGAAGAUGAAUCUGUCUGUUCUGAUGGCAGGACACUGGUGGCACGUUUUAAUGAGCAAAUUGAGCCCAUCUAUGCACUCCUACGUGAGACAGAAGAUGUUAACCUGUCUCAUGACCUGCUGGAGCCUGAACCUGCUGAGAUCCCUGCUCUCAAACAGAGCCGAGAACGUUCUGCAGCUUCUGGAGGAAACCCUGCAGGCGGACAACAUCGUGAAGCCUGGUCUAACAAAGGAUCGUCCUACGCUGACCUGUACACCCAGAAUGUGGUAAUCAGUAUGGAGGAGCAGGACGACCAACAGAAGCAGGACAAUGAGACCAAGGCACCUAAAGAGCGGCCUGUUUGGUUGACCCACAGCACCGUACAGGGUGCCUACAACGAGGCAGAUGGCCUCAAGAGCCGUGGAGAAGCUGUACCUGGAGCCCAGGAUGGAGCAGCUGGUCUUGGAAUGGGUCAGGCAGAUGAAAACGAGGAAGUGAUGCGUGCUCUGCUCAUCCAUGAAAAGAAGGGUGUUGCAGGUGUGGGUGGAGCAAGCGCCGCUACCAGGGGUCUUGCCUCCGCCACAGCUAAUGCUAGUGACUCAGAAAGUGACACCAGUGAAUCAGAUGACGACUCUCCCUUGGGUCCUCCAACUGCCACAGUCACUCAGCAUCGCACAGAUAAAGAGGAUGAAGAAGAGGACGAUGACGACUUUGAGGAGGUUGGGGAUGAACCGAUGGUGAUGGUGGGAGGUCGACCAUUUACGUACAGGGAGGUGAGCCAGAGGCCUGAGCUGGUGGAGAAGAUGUCUGUGCAGGAGAAAGAGGCCUACAUCGAAAUGGGACAAAACCUCUUCCAAGACAUGUACUUCUGAAUCUGAAUUUCUGAUCAGUUGGCAAUGGAUUUCAUCACACACACACACACACACACACACACACACACACACACAGUGAAACAAUUCAAAAGAUGCUUUUGUCUGACACUGUAAGUAGUUGGGGAUAAUGUCUUCAUAGAACUUCUGAAGAGGAAAACAAGAUGCUGCUCAAAAAAUUCAAUCAAUGUUAUUAAAAAAAAAAAGCAAAGUCAGGAUUCAACAGUGUUCCUCCAGUGAUCUCACCUCCAGUAUUCUAUUUUACAAGUCACCAAAGCAAAGGGGAGCUGUUUAGCUGCAGAGUGCCAAUUGUUCUUUUUCACAUGUAUACCAGUUUGUCUAAACCAGUUUAUUUUAUCCUUUUUUUUUUCUCAUGUGACAGACGGAAGAAAACAUCUUAUUUUAAAACAUAUUUCUCUUUCCUCAAUGAAUUUCUUCGGAGUGGAUGUAACCAUUGAUAACUUGAGAUCUGCCAAAAUAUUUGAGUACUGGGACUAAUCACUGAAAGACUGAAGAAGUUGUUGCUGCUUUCACUGUGCUGGCUGUUGGGACGACGUGAAAGAAAAACUGUUUUCUGUUGAUCUGGAGCAGUUCAACAGCUCAGCUUAAGAAAAUACAUAGAAGUUAUUGGUAAAUUGUUCUGGCUUUAACAGUAAAGUUCUUGUAAUUCUGAACAGUGUAAUAAAAUGAUGCUGCCGUACAGCCAGAAGAAGGAAA